AAGUCGAACAGUUCGCCUCAAACUGAACGUAAACAUUUAAUUGUAUGGAAAACGCAUUCGGAACUGUUUUUCAAACUAUUAUUGAAGUUUUCUAGAAAAUGCAUUCAAAAUUAUCUGAUUGAUACUAGGUUUAAUUAGGUAAGCUCAUAAAUAUUUUGGCAAUAUGGAUGAACUAGAGCAGCUUGAGCACCUUUCGUUGGUGUCUAAAAUUUGCACUGAAUUGGAAAAUCAUCUUGGCCUAAAUGACAAAGACCUUGCUGAAUUUAUCAUCGAUUUGGCGGAUAAGAAUCCUUCACUGGAUGCUUUUAAACGAGUGCUAGGAGAAAAUGGUGCCGAAUUUUCCGAAUCUUUCACGGCUAAUUUACUGCGGAUCAUUCAACUUAUGAAACCGCCGAAAAAUACGAAAGGUGGUGAAAAUGUUCCCUCCUUCGAGGACGAUGAUCACGUGGGUGGUUUAGCUAUGAAAUUUCCCGGACUGGCGAUACCAAACGCAAAACCUGGAUAUGAGUCGAAUGAAGAGGAUGACAAGUAUGAGGAUCGCAAGAAGAAAAAGCUUAAUGUAGUAGACGACAUGUUUGCUGAAUUGGAAAAUAUGGCACCGAGUUCAUCGAAAGUAGACAGUAGCAAGACUCGUGAGCAACAAGAAGUAGAGAACAUGUUUGCCGAACUAGAAAGUCUUGCUCCAACGCCUGCAGUAAACAAAAGAGAUAAUGUGGAUAGGAAUCGAGAUAGACGCAGCAGAUCGCGGGAUAGAAAGAGAAGUAGAUCUAGAGAACGUAAACGAAGUAAAUCAAGGGAUAGACGUAGAAGUAGGUCAAGAGAUCGAGAUCGUAAAAGAAGGUCAAGAACCCGGCACAGAUCACGAUCUCGCGAUAGAAAACAAAGAAGGAAAAGCAGAUCAAGGAGUAGAGAUCGUGACCGUUAUUUAAGACGAAGUCGUAGCAGAUCCAGAGAUCGCCAUAGGAGAGGUCGAAGCCGUUCAAGAGAGUUCGAGCGGCGUAAGCGGACACCACCUCCUCAGAUGCCGGAAGAGCCAGAGCCAGGAAAAAUUUAUGACGGGAGAGUUGUAAAUAUUGUCGCUUUCGGAUGUUUCGUGCAGCUUACGGGGUUUCGUAGGAAAAAAGAAGGCUUAGUUCACAUUUCGCAACUAUCGGCAGAAGGCCGGGUAAGCAGUGUAACAGAUGUAACGAACCGUGGAGAUAACGUAAAAGUUAAGGUGAUUUCGAUUGCUGGAGGCAAGAUAUCUCUCUGCAUGAAAGACGUAGAUCAGUCUUCUGGAAGAGAUCUGAAUCCGCUGUCGCACGCCCAUCUUCAGGAAAAUAGUGAUCUUGCGAGUCGAAAUCCGGACCGGCCAAUGACUGUUCCGUCUAUGCUUAACUUUCAAGACAACGGAGAUCCAAUGGAAGAAACGUCUCGUAAAAAGGUUACACGAAUUUCCAGCCCGGAACGUUGGGAAAUAAAACAAAUGAUCUCGUCUGGAGUGAUUGACCGUAGUGAAAUGCCCGAUUUUGACGAAGAAACUGGUUUGCUGCCGAAAGAUGAGGACAGUGAAGCAGACAUCGAAAUUGAAAUCGUCGAAGAUGAGCCACCCUUCCUGCAGGGACAUGGUCGAGCGCUACAUGAUUUGUCACCGGUUCGAAUAGUGAAAAAUCCUGACGGUUCUCUGGCACAAGCGGCUAUGAUGCAGUCGGCCCUAGCCAAGGAACGGCGGGAACAGAAAAUGCUUCAGCGUGAACAAGAAAUGGAUGCCGUGCCAACGAAUAUGAGUAAAAACUGGAUCGAUCCAUUGCCGGAGGAGGAUACGCAAUCACAUGGUGCCAAUACGCGAGGUGUCGGCAUGACCAUGCAGGAUGUUCCGGAAUGGAAGAAAGCCAUUAUAGGAGGUAAAAAAUCAUCGUAUGGCAAAAAGACUGAUAUGAGUCUUGUCGAGCAACGGCAGUCUCUUCCGAUCUACAAGUUGAGGGAUGAUUUGAUUAAGGCCGUUACGGACAAUCAAAUUCUGAUAGUAAUUGGCGAAACUGGUUCGGGAAAGACCACUCAAAUCACGCAGUAUCUUGCCGAGUGUGGGUUCGUGGCAAGAGGUAAGAUCGGUUGCACACAACCGCGUCGUGUCGCUGCCAUGUCCGUUGCGAAGCGAGUUGCCGAAGAAUACGGCUGUAGGCUGGGACAAGAAGUAGGGUACACUAUACGUUUCGAAGAUUGCACCAGCCAGGAAACGGUUAUCAAGUACAUGACAGAUGGUAUGUUGCUACGAGAAUGUCUGGUCGAUUUCGACCUGAAAUCCUACUCGGUCAUCAUGCUGGACGAAGCGCACGAACGGACUAUUCAUACGGAUGUAUUGUUUGGACUUUUGAAGCAAGCUGUACAAAAACGACCGGAAUUGAAACUGAUCGUAACUUCGGCAACACUCGAUGCGGUGAAGUUUUCGCAGUAUUUUUUCGAAGCGCCGAUUUUUACCAUUCCUGGACGCACGUUUCCAGUCGAAAUUCUUUACACGAAAGAACCGGAAACGGAUUAUUUGGAUGCUUCUUUGAUCACGGUUAUGCAAAUUCAUCUGCGUGAACCACCUGGCGACGUCUUGCUGUUUCUCACUGGACAAGAAGAGAUCGAUACCGCAUGUGAGAUUCUGUACGAAAGAAUGAAAUCGCUGGGGCCAGAUGUUCCUGAGUUAAUCAUUCUACCGGUGUAUUCUGCUCUUCCAUCCGAAAUGCAAACAAGAAUUUUCGAUCCAGCUCCUCCGGGAAGUCGAAAAGUUGUCAUAGCUACUAACAUUGCCGAAACGUCGCUCACAAUCGACGGGAUCUACUACGUGGUCGAUCCGGGUUUCGUUAAGCAAAAAGUGUACAAUUCUAAAACCGGAAUGGACUCUCUGGUGGUAACGCCGAUCUCGCAGGCCGCUGCCAAACAGAGAGCCGGUCGUGCUGGCCGAACUGGUCCGGGAAAGGCCUAUCGGUUGUACACAGAAAGAGCGUAUCGAGACGAAAUGUUACCUACGCCGGUUCCAGAAAUCCAACGUACAAAUUUGGCUACGACUGUGCUGCAACUUAAGACUAUGGGAAUUAAUGAUUUGUUGCAUUUUGAUUUUAUGGAUGCCCCUCCGGUGGAAUCAUUGGUCAUGGCUUUGGAACAGCUUCACUCCUUAUCUGCACUGGAUAACGAAGGUUUGUUAACGCGCUUGGGUCGGCGGAUGGCCGAGUUUCCGUUAGAACCAAAUCUGUCCAAAAUGCUCAUCAUGUCGGUUGCUCUGCAAUGUUCCGACGAAAUUUUAACGAUUGUGUCAAUGCUAUCGGUUCAGAACGUAUUCUACAGACCGAAAGAUAAACAAGCGUUGGCUGACCAAAAGAAAGCCAAGUUCAACCAGAUCGAGGGAGACCAUCUAACACUGCUAGCUGUAUACAACAGUUGGAAAAAUAACAAAUUUUCCAAUGCUUGGUGUUACGAAAACUUUGUCCAGAUAAGAACCUUGAAGCGGGCUCAAGACGUUCGGAAACAACUGCUAGGCAUUAUGGAUAGGCAUAAAUUGGAUGUGGUAUCAGCGGCUAAAAACACAGUUCGUGUUCAGAAGACGAUUUGCUCCGGUUUCUUCAGAAAUGCUGCUAAGAAAGAUCCCCAGGAAGGAUACCGAACGCUUGUCGAUUCACAGGUGGUUUACAUUCAUCCAUCGAGUGCAUUAUUCAACCGACAACCGGAGUGGGUUGUUUAUCACGAACUGGUCCAAACCACAAAAGAAUACAUGCGAGAAGUGACAACCAUCGAUCCGAAAUGGCUAGUGGAAUUUGCACCAGCUUUCUUCCGAUUCUCCGAUCCAACGAAACUGAGCAAAUUCAAGAAAAAUCAACGGUUGGAGCCGCUCUAUAAUAAGUAUGAAGAACCAAAUGCCUGGCGGAUCAGUCGUACUCGAAGAAGGCGGAACUAGUCGGGCAAUCAUCGCAGCAAAGUUGUCACUACACGUUUAUGCCAUGUGCGCAUACGGAUAAUAUAUCUAACGAAACAUUUUAUUAUAUCUCA